GGUAAAGAAUGACGUCAGGCGUAGUAAUACACGCUAAGAGCGCAUGGCGAGUGGAGCGUCUGCAGAGGCUGCGCGAAGUGGGAACUGCUUUCGAUUGUUGGCGGGCGCCGCCAUCUUGGUCAGUGAGCUUGCGAGUGGCUGUACGACGAGGUGUACGUAUUUCGGUGAAACGAGUAUUUGGUGCGAUUUCCCUGAAAUCUUUCGUCUACCCGUGAAAUCCACGAGCAUCCAAGAUGUCGGAACGGGAGGACAACGUUUAUAAAGCGAAAUUGGCUGAGCAAGCGGAGCGCUAUGACGAAAUGGUCGAGGCGAUGAAGAAGGUCGCCUCGCUGGAUGUGGAGUUAACCGUCGAAGAGAGGAAUCUUCUUUCUGUCGCUUACAAAAAUGUGAUUGGCGCGAGAAGGGCAUCCUGGAGAAUAAUCUCCAGCAUCGAACAAAAGGAAGAGAACAAAGGUGCCGAGCGGAAACUAGAGAUGAUCCGUCAAUACCGAUCUCAGGUUGAAAAAGAGCUGAAAGACAUCUGCGCCGAUAUCCUCGGAGUUUUAGACAAACAUUUGCUCCCAUGUGCAUCUACUGGCGAAUCGAAAGUCUUCUAUUAUAAAAUGAAGGGUGAUUAUCACCGUUACCUUGCUGAAUUCGCCGUUGGCAACGAUAGGAAGGAAGCCGCAGAGAAUUCUUUGGUCGCUUAUAAAGCAGCAAGUGACACCGCCAUGACGGAUCUACCACCAACUCAUCCCAUCCGCUUAGGAUUGGCACUCAACUUUUCCGUGUUCUAUUAUGAGAUUCUCAAUAGCCCUGAUAGAGCAUGUCGUCUUGCGAAGGCAGCCUUUGACGACGCGAUCGCGGAACUAGACACCUUAUCCGAGGAGAGUUACAAAGAUUCUACCCUCAUUAUGCAGCUUCUUAGGGACAAUCUUACUCUAUGGACGUCAGACAUGCAAGGAGACGGGGAGGGCGAACAAAAGGAGCAAUUGCCAGAUGUGGAAGAUCAGGACGUAUCGUAACUCUAACUGUAGUGAGUGUUAUAUUGCGUAUAUAAAACUGAAAAAACACAAGAAAGCAAAAAACUCUUAAUAACUUGUAAG